UCACAAAUAGAACACGGCUCUCCAACUCAGGCAGUCCCAAUCUGACCUUCAAGCACACGGAACCCUGUAACGGGAGAUCGGUUGGGGACUGUCGAGAGAAAAAUACCCAAUCUAAACUUCUGACAUUUUAACCGUUCAUCACCAUCAUCAUCAUCAGUGCGUGUACUGGCACCCGCCGGAUCAGCUGGACUAUACUUUUUCUUUUUGGGUAACAAGACAUUCAGGGGAGAGGAACACCAUUUAUUCCUGCCUUGACUUCUCCCCGUUCCUCAUCUCUACACCGAGUUGUAUUCGUUUCCCCGUUUGCUUUGCACACUUGCAGAGGAGGUAAGCUGAGCUGAGUGUGCCUCUUGUGUGUGUAUGCCUGUCUCGCAGCAGAACCAGUCGGAUGCUCUGAGCCUACCGGACGCAGAGCUGUAUAUGGAAGUUGUAGGCUAUAAGGCAGAAGCGAGCUGUUGCACAUUGCGUCGUUCAAGAGCGGGAGCCAUGCUGUUCCACGGGAUCUCCGGUGACCACAUCCAGGGCAUCAUGGAGGAGAUGGAGAGGAGAUCCAAAACCGACUCGCGCCUGGCCAAGGGCGUGCGGCUCAACGGAAGGGAAGCGACCAUGCCUUCCAUGGGCCCUGAGAAACCCGCGUUGUGUGCCGGCUGUGGAGGCAAAAUCUCGGAUAGAUAUUAUCUGCUCGCUGUGGACAAACAAUGGCACCUACGGUGCCUCAAAUGCUGUGAAUGUAAACAACAUUUGGAGUCAGAGCUCACGUGUUUCGCCAAGGAUGGCAGCAUCUACUGCAAGGAGGAUUACUAUAGAAGGUUCUCCGUGCAGAGGUGCGCUCGCUGCCACCUCGGGAUCUCAGCAUCUGAGAUGGUGAUGCGCGCGAGGGACUCCGUGUACCACCUGAGCUGCUUCACGUGCACCACGUGCAACAAGACCCUGACCACAGGCGAUCACUUCGGCAUGAAGGACAGCCUGGUGUACUGCCGGGUCCACUUCGAGACCAUAUCCCAAGGAGAGUACCCCCACCCUGGCCUCAACUAUGCCGAGAUGGCGGCUAAAGGUGGAGGUCUGGCGCUGCCAUACUUCAAUGGCACUGGAACGGCCCAGAAGGGAAGGCCUCGGAAGAGGAAGAGCCCCGCCAUGGGCAUAGACAUCACCAGCUACAACUCAGGUUGUAAUGAGAAUGAUGGGGAACACCUGGACCGUGACCAGGCCUACCCUCCAGCCCAGAAGAACAAGCGCAUGCGUACCUCCUUUAAGCACCACCAGCUCCGCACCAUGAAGUCCUACUUUGCUAUCAACCACAACCCCGACGCCAAGGACCUCAAACAGCUGGCCCAGAAGACAGGCCUCACCAAAAGAGUUCUCCAGGUAUGGUUCCAAAACGCAAGAGCCAAAUUCAGAAGGAACGUUUUGCGACAGGAGAAUGGUGUUGACAAGGCCGACGGCACGUCACUCCCUCCGCCCUCGUCCGACAGCUGCGCUCUGACGCCCCCCUCCAGCGCGGCCACACUAACAGACCUGACCAAUCCCUCUAUCACUGUAGUGACCUCCGUCACGUCUAGUUUGGACAGCCAUGAUUCGGGGAGCCCCUCACAGACUACCUUGACAAACCUUUUCUAGCAAGCUCUACGACUCCUAGCAAGAACAACGACAACAACAACAGCAACAUUUAAUCGGGAGGAGAUUAUUUUGAUGUGUAGCAUUUGCAACCGCUUGGCAGCUGAGUUUGUAGUCAACCUAUUUAGUGAUUGGUUUUGUGUCGAGGACGUUUUGAAUCUGGAAGGCAUUGACAAAUCAUUAUAGAGGGUUCAACAAUCUGGGUCAGAGCCCAAAUUAAAUAAUUUAAAUGGUAAUAGUAUAUUAUUUUUUACUUUAUUUAAUUUAAUUUGUUCAUUUGAUUUGAUUUAGUCUAAAUUGAUCCCGCCUGAUAAUUCAUUUCAAAUCAUUAAUAUUAUGUUAGUCCUAUUUAAGGCAUAUUUCGAUCUUAUUUUAUUUUUAUUUUUUAAUCUUUGAAAUAUGAAUUUUCAGAAUGUUGUUUAAAAGAUCAUUCAGAGUUAUCCUGGAUGUUACAAGAUAUUGGAGCAUUAUAGAGAUGAGUAAUUUCUCGUCUCUAAAUGACGUUGUAUACAUUACAACAACCCAAACAUUACAACUCUAAUGCCAGGUGGCUGUAGUGACGUCAACAUGCAUUUUGUCUUAACAUGAUACGCCUCAACUGUGAUAGAAAAUAAUAAGAACAAAACAAAUCUCUACAUCUGUACAGUGGUAACUGUCCAACAUGUAAUGCAGUCACGUUGAUAUUAGAAGGAGUUCAACUAUAUAAAUCACUGAGUGAAAUUUUGAUUGGGACAGAGUUCUUGGGCACUGUUUGAAAUUAUUAUUUUCAUGAUACUAUUACUAAUCUGUUGGCCUCAUUUUACAUACCAAACACACAAAUGGAAAAACAAAUCUGUUGGCCUCAUUUUACAUACCAAACACACGAAUGAAAAAACAAUUCUGUUGGCCUCAUUUUACAUACCAAACACACGAAUGGAAAAACAAUUCUGUUGGCCUCAUUUUACAUACCAAACACACGAAUGGAAAAACAAUUCUGUUGGCCUCAUUUUACAUACCAAACACACGAAUGGAAAAACAAUUCUGUUGGCCUCAUUUUACAUACCAAACACACAAAUGGAAAAACAAUAGUUUAUCUGGAUUCAGCGAGCCCGUAGAAUUACUGUUAAAUACAGUUGCACAGUGACAAUAUACUCCCCAAUGAAAAGUGCAUUAUUAUUAUUAUUAUUAUUAUUAUCACCAUGUUUCUCAGGGUAAAGAAGGGUUGAUUCUGAAAAAGGUAAGAAGGUAGGAGAAGAAGAUAAUAAAAAGUGAGGGCUGAAGAUAUGGAAGAUUAGAUGUGUAGAGCUGAACAGAAACAUCAACAAUAACCCCAGAAAAGCUGGAGAUAUUCGACAGUCGGUGGGACAAAGAAGUCAUCCUCCACCUUUUCUCCUUGGCCAUAUUUAAACUUUACCGACACUUGCUACUGAACAGACCAAAUUAUAUUUUUUACCUCUGGCUGAUUUCGGGGGAAAGAGAGACAAGAGGAAUAGAAGGAUUGCUUUCUGACGGGGUUAAACUUUUGUUUGUCUCCUGGGCCAGCUGUUUAAAGUCGUUGGCGUCGGGUUGUGGUUGAUAGCAAAGCAGGACUACAUGGUGCGGAUUAGGAGAAAGAAAAAGACACGAGUCCUGGCUGCAGGGUUCAAACAUUGUAUUGUAAUUGUCACAAUUUGUUCUACUGUAGAACAUAGCGUUACUCUCAAUCUACUUGAUGAAGUAGAUGCUUAACUCAAUUCUACUAUGUGCCUUAUGAUAUAACUUGGAAGAAAGUUUGUGAACUUCAGGAUUAUAUGUGUUGUUUGUUGACUGAUUCACAUCCUUGUGACGCCUCACUAGUUUUGUACUGUUUUGCAUCUUAUUUCUGAAGAUCUUUUUAUGGUGUAUCCUGUCAGAAAGGAGGCAGCGAUGUCUUAGAAAGCGUUUGUGCACUUCUUUCAGAUAUAGUUGGUUGAUUCCAAUAAUCUUCGUGUUAAUAGUUGAGUACAGUAAGUGUUCUAUCGAGAUUGUCCAUGUUUCCCUGUUUCUUGACAAAGAUGGUGUAUAGAAACUAUUUCUUCUUAAAUAUUUAUGGACCAAACGGUUGUUAUAUAUCUUAUUAAAUUUGUGUGAAUAAAAAAAUACUUUGUUUUAAA